UUUCCGGUGGUUCAUUUCUCACGAACGAACAACAGACGCCCACAGGGUCAUUCGUUAUAUCGCAAAGGUUAACCGGAAGUUAAUCAAAGACGACAGUUUGCUCCAUAUGUUAAAAAACGAUCAGGGUGAAUUAACUUCCGGAGAUAAGCGGAAGUACACUUUUAUUCAUCUUUUGAAGACCAGACAACUGGUGAAAACAACAUUAUUGUCUGCGCUUAACUGGUUGGCCCUUGGCAUGCUCUCGUACGGCAUCCAGUUCGGAAUCCAGGCUCUUUCAGGGAAUAUCUUCCUCAACUGGUUCAUCUUCAGCGUCAUCGGAAUUCCGGUCAGCUUCGGCGCCAUUAUCCUCACCAACGUAAUCGGUCGUCGGUAUACGGUGGUCCUGACGUACGUUAUAGCAACCGUAGGCUGUGUCGUCGUCGGGAUAGUCCAGUUUAUUGAUACUGAGCACCGCGGUGCCCUGACUAACGGGUUCGCUCUGUUCGCCAGUCUGGGUAUCGGCCUCGCCUGGGGCCCCGUUCAGGUGAUGACCCUGGAACUCUACCCCACGGUCAUAAGGAACAUUGGAUACGGUUUCUUGAACACGUUCGCGCGGAUAGGGGCCAUAUUGGGACCACAGCUUGCAUAUCUAGAUCAGCGGGUGCCGGGUGUGAUGUAUUUUGUCUGCGCCGCCGUUAGCUGCUGUUGCAUCCUGGGAACGCUUGCGCUCUCAGAGACCAAGGGGACGGAACUCCAGGACAAGAUAGAGAUGACCAUAGUGCGGAGUGACCGCGCCGUGAACGGAGUGACCCGCUCUGACGAUCAUUUAUAGUAUUGGCCGGUGGAGAUAUUAUAUAUCUGACUCUAUACUUGGACCAUACUAAUACGACGGAAAAAGCUUUCCUGUUCUUGUAACGAACUAUUUAUCCAAGUUGUAUGAAAAUACAUUGUAAAUGAAAGGCGUCGACAAUCAGAGACUUCGUAUUCAAAGUGCAGUAUUUAUAAUUUCGUAAACGAUGCAAG